AACUGUGUGACGGACAAAAUAGUUGCUUUAUCCCACCUUUCAGUUGGACUUACCCCAGUAACCCUGGAGAGCAGAUAUGAAGAGAACAGUUCCUGUCAGCUCAAGAUGGGCCGAGAGACGAUCCACUGUGGUGUAUGCUCUACGCUCAGCCACAUUGGGCUCCUGGAGGAUGCUCACCCUGGGGGCGGAGUACGAGGACACCUGGGUUUCGUCAUCUGUCAAAAGUCACGGUUCCACCGACAAGCAGGUAGAGGGGGAUGACCCGGGGCCUGAUGAGGAGACGGACACCGGACCCGGUGACCAGGAAAAACCUUCGUGGAGCGCUGCGGACACCGUGCAGAAGUACGAAGCAGUUUUACACCUGGACGGUCUGAGCAGACCGGGAACGAGAGGCGGGGUGCGUCAAAUCGUCAGGAAACACGAGCUCCUGAACAGCACGCCUUGGUCCCACAGAAUGGCACGCUUCGCAGAAGAUCUACCCACCCGGUAUGGAGGAGGCGCAGGCGGCGGAGGGAGAGGCGGACCGGGCGCUGGGAGAGGGGGAGCCCGGGGUGGUGGUGGCGCUCCGGGCGGCCAGAGGGUGUACAAGCAGUCGAUGGCCCAGAGAGCCCGGACAAUGGCCAUUUAUAACCCGAACCCGGUCAAACAAAACUGCCUCACCGUAAACCGCUCCUUCUUCAUCUUCCGCGAGGACAAUCUCAUCAGGAAGUAUGCAAAGCGAAUAACAGAGUGGCCUCCAUUCGAGUACAUGAUCCUGGCUACAAUUAUUGCCAACUGCAUCGUCUUGGCCCUGGAGCAGCAUCUACCCUCUGGCGACAAGACACCCAUGUCAGAACGUCUGGACGACACAGAGCCCUACUUUAUUGGAAUAUUCUGUUUCGAGGCUGCCAUUAAGAUCAUCGCCCUGGGCUUUGCUUUUCACAAAGGCUCCUACCUCCGCAACGGCUGGAAUGUAAUGGACUUCGUGGUCGUCCUCACUGGAAUUCUGGCCAAAGUGGGUUCGGACUUUGACCUGCGAACACUGCGAGCAGUGAGAGUGCUGAGACCCCUGAAACUCGUCUCAGGAAUCCCCAGUCUCCAGGUGGUGUUGAAGUCCAUAAUGAAAGCCAUGGUUCCUCUGCUUCAAAUCGGCCUGCUGCUUUUCUUUGCCAUUGUCAUGUUUGCCAUCAUCGGGGUGGAGUUCUACAUGGGCAAAUUCCACACCACCUGCUUCAAGAUAGGCACCGAUGAGAUAACAGCAGACUGGCCUUGUGGUUUGGAGCCACCAGCCAGGACGUGUCCGAAUGGGACAGAGUGCAGAGAGUACUGGAAGGGACCCAACUUUGGUAUCACCAACUUUGACAACAUCCUGUUUGCAGUGCUUACUGUGUUCCAGUGCAUCACCAUGGAGGGCUGGGUGGACAUCCUCUACAAUCAGCUGUACCGCAGUAAUGGCAUCAUGGGUUCCCCAGAGGGAGGAGAAACCAAUGAUGUUGCAGGAAACACCUGGAACUGGCUCUACUUCAUCCCUCUCAUCAUCAUCGGCUCCUUCUUCAUGCUCAACCUGGUUCUGGGUGUCCUAUCAGGAGAAUUUGCCAAAGAGAGAGAGCGUGUGGAGAAGAGGCAGGAGUUCCUGAAGCUUCGCAGGCAGCAGCAGAUUGAGAGAGAGCUCACUGGAUAUUUGGAGUGGAUCUGCAAAGCAGAGGAGGUGUUGCUGGAGGAGGAGGAUGAAAUUGCAGAGGAGAAGUCCCCGAUGGAUGGUGCGUGGUACAAGAGGAAACAAAACCUUCCAGUCCUGAAACGAGGAAAAGUCAAGAAAGGUAAAAAUGACCUGAUCAGUGCAGAGGAGGGGGAGGAUCCUUUCGCAGACAUCUCCUCUGUUGCUCCUCCAGGCUCUCCAUUCGGUCGGGCCAGUGUGAAAAGCAGUGGUAAGAUGGACAGCUCCUCCUACUUCCGGCGAAAGGAGAAGAGAAUCCGCUUCUUCAUCCGCCGCAUGGUGAAAGCUCAGAGCUUCUAUUGGAUCGUUCUGUGUCUGGUUGGCCUCAAUACACUGUGUGUAGCCAUUGUCCACUAUGACCAACCCCCUUGGCUUACUACAGCUCUCUACACAGCAGAGUUUGUGUUCCUGGGUUUGUUUCUGACUGAGAUGACCUUGAAGAUGUAUGGCCUCGGAGUGAGGAAUUAUUUCCACUCCUCCUUUAACGGCUUUGACUUUGGGGUGAUUGUGGGAAGUAUUAUUGAGGUGAUCUGGGACAUGGUUAAACCAGGAUCAUCAUUUGGUAUCAGCGUGCUGAGAGCCCUGCGACUCCUCAGGAUAUUCAAAGUCACCAAAUAUUGGAACUCAUUGAGGAACCUUGUGGUCUCUCUUCUCAAUUCCAUGAAGUCCAUCAUCAGCUUGCUCUUCCUCCUCUUCCUAUUCAUCGUGGUCUUCGCUCUGCUGGGCAUGCAGCUUUUUGGAGGACAGUUUAACUUUGAAAAUGAGACACCAACAACAAACUUUGAUACAUUCCCAGCAGCCAUCCUCACUGUGUUCCAGAUUCUGACUGGCGAGGAUUGGAACGCUGUCAUGUACCACGGGAUUGAGUCUCAAGGAGGUGUUCGCCGCGGCAUGUUCUCCUCUGUCUACUUCAUUGUCCUCACGCUCUUUGGAAACUACACCCUUCUGAAUGUCUUCUUGGCUAUUGCUGUUGAUAACCUCGCAAAUGCGCAAGAGCUGACUAAGGAUGAAGAGGAGCAGGAGGAGGCAGCCAAUAAGAAACUUGCACUGCAGAAGGCUCUGGAGGUGAAGGAAGUCAGUCCAAUGUCAGCAGCCAACAUCUCCAUUGCUGCUUUUGUAAAGCAAAAUCGAGAUGCACUCUCUCGCAGGUCGUCCAUCAACAGCAUUCAGUCACCGAGUUAUUCUGUCUACUCCUCCCCUGCCCGACGAAUCUUGAGUAAGGAACAGCAGCGGUCAGCAAAGUCCAUGUCUGUGUGGGAGCAGAGGACCAACCAGCUGAGGAGGCAUAACAUGAGGGCGAGUAGUGAGGCCUUGUUCAACGAACUUGACCCUGAAGAGCGCCGCCAAAUGUCCUCUGCUCUCCACCUGCAUCCUGACAUGAUGACUCACUUGGACCGUCCGCUCGUGGUGGAGGCCAGGGACAGCGACAAACCCAGCAGGCCACCUGAAGGAGAAUGGGAGCAGGAUCCCAGGCAGGAUGGGUUGGGAGACAACCACCACGCCAACCCCAAGAAGCAUCACCGGCACCGUGACAAGAACGGGGAGAGCAGGGAUGGAGGUGAUGGCCGGGGAGGGAGGCACCACACCCAUCACAGUAGGAGUAGAGAGAAAAACACAGAGACAAAAGAGAGGAGAGGGGAGAGGAGCCAUAGCCGUGACGGAGGACUGGGACAUAGGCACCACCACCAGCCUGGCUCCCCUGAUGAGGAGGCCAAUCAUGUGCAAGGGGGAGGAGAAGAAAGGGGGCAUCACCAUCAUCAUUCCCAUCGUCCACCAAAAGAAGAAAAUGGAAUGAUAGUAAAUGGUGCACAGGGAGAGCGCAGGGGGAAAGGGGGAGGAGGGGACAGUAACGGAGAGAGGAAGGGACGCAGUUCCCGUAUGGUCAGAGCUCAGUCUACGCUUGAUGGAGACGACUGUAAGAGAAGCAGGAAUGGAACCAAAGGUCACUGGGAGAGGCAUCCAGAUGCUGAGGAGGACGCUUCCAGUCCUCUGCAGGCAAUGCGGAGCACCUUGAGUCUUGGAGAAAAGCAAGAAGAUGCUGACAACCAGAAGAACUCGACCAGGGCUAGCCAGGCAGGCCUCAACAGCAACGCCAUCCACAUCCCUGUCACCAUCACUGCCCCGCCUGGAGAAACCACCAUCAUACCCAUUAACAACAUCGACUGUGACAACUUCCAACUCAGUGAGGAAAAGAAAGAUCUCGAGGAAGAAGAGGCAGCUAAUGGGCCUCGGCAGAUCCUUCCCUACAGCUCUAUGUUCAUCUUUGGGCAAACAAACCCGGUACGGCGGCUGUGUCACUACGUGGUCAACCUACGCUACUUUGAAAUGUGCAUCUUGAUGGUCAUUACCAUGAGCAGCAUCGCUCUGGCAGCUGAGGACCCAGUGCAGGCUAAUGCACCGCGCAACAAUGUUCUAAAGUAUCUGGAUUAUGUCUUCACUGGAGUCUUUACAUUUGAAAUGGUGAUUAAGAUGAUUGACUUGGGGCUGCUCCUCCACCCUGGCUCUUAUUUUCGUGACCUGUGGAACAUUCUGGACUUCAUCGUGGUCAGUGGAGCUCUGGUGGCCUUUGCCUGCUCGAGCCUUAUGGGAUCGCAACAAAGCGUGGCCAGAGGAACCAAAGGCAAGGACAUCAACACCAUCAAGUCCCUGAGGGUCUUGCGAGUCCUGCGGCCUCUCAAGACCAUUAAACGGCUGCCCAAGCUGAAGGCGGUGUUCGACUGCGUUGUAAACUCUCUGAAGAACGUGCUUAACAUCCUCAUCGUCUACAUCCUCUUCAUGUUCAUCUUUGCUGUUAUUGCUGUGCAGCUCUUUAAGGGCAAAUUCUUCUACUGCACCGAUGAGUCCAAGGGUCUGGAGAAAGACUGCAGGGGUCAUUUUCUGGACUAUGACAAGGAUGAAGUGAAAUCUCAGCCCAGAGAGUGGAAGAAGUACGAGUUUCACUACGACAAUGUUCUCUGGGCCUUCCUCACACUCUUCACUGUCUCCACCGGAGAGGGCUGGCCGUUGGUUCUGAAGCACUCUGUGGACGCUACCUAUGAGGACAAGGGCCCAACCCCAGGCUUUCGCAUGGAGACAUCCAUCUUCUAUGUGGUCUACUUUGUGGUGUUCCCCUUCUUCUUUGUCAACAUAUUCGUGGCUUUGAUCAUCAUCACCUUUCAGGAGCAGGGCGACAAAGCCAUGUCCGAGUGUAGCCUGGAGAAGAAUGAGAGGGCUUGUAUUGACUUUGCCAUCAACGCCAAGCCGCUGACGAGAUACAUGCCAGAGAACAAAGAGUCCUUCCAGUACAAGAUGUGGAAAUUUGUGGUGUCGCCUCCAUUUGAGUACGCCAUCAUGACUUUAAUCGCCCUCAACACAGUCGUGCUGAUGAUGAAGUUCUACGGAGCUCCAGAACUGUAUGAGUCCAUGCUGAAAUACUUAAACAUCGUUUUCACAGCCCUCUUCACACUGGAGUGCAUCCUCAAGAUUAUUGCGUUUGGUCCACUGAACUACCUGAAGGCAGCCUGGAAUGUGUUUGACUUUGUGACAGUGCUCGGAAGCAUCACAGACAUCUUGGUCACAGAGAUUAAGGACAAGAUGAUCAACCUGAGUUUCCUGAGGCUGUUCAGAGCGGCUCGUCUCAUUAAGUUGCUGCGGCAGGGCUACACCAUCCGCAUCCUGCUGUGGACCUUUGUUCAGUCCUUCAAGGCCCUGCCAUAUGUGUGCCUGCUCAUUGCCAUGCUGUUCUUCAUCUAUGCCAUCAUUGGAAUGCAGGUGUUUGGAAACAUCGAGCUGAUGGAGGAGUCUGCAAUAAAUCACCACAACAACUUCCAGACCUUCUUCCAGGCCUUGACACUUCUCUUCAGGAGUGCGACAGGCGAGGCUUGGCAUGAGAUCAUGUUAGCCUGUCUCAGUAACCGGCCGUGUGAGAAGCUCUCAGGAAAUGCUGGGAAGGAGUGUGGAAGUGACUUUGCCUACUUUUACUUUGUGUCCUUCAUCUUCCUCUGCUCCUUUCUGAUGUUGAACCUAUUUGUCGCUGUCAUCAUGGACAACUUUGAGUAUCUGACAAGAGACGCCUCCAUCCUGGGGCCUCAUCACCUUGAUGAAUUCAUCAGAGUAUGGGCAGAGUAUGACCCCGCUGCCUGUGGCCGCAUGACUUACCGUGAUAUGUACGAGAUGCUUCGCGACAUGUCCCCUCCACUAGGUUUGGGAAAGAAAUGUCCCCCCCGAGUCGCCUAUAAGCGAUUAGUAAAGAUGAACAUGCCCAUUGCAGAAGACAACACGGUGCACUUCACCUCCACGCUGAUGGCCCUGAUUCGCACGGCCCUGGAGAUCAAGCUGGCAUCUGGGGUCCUGGCGCAGCACUUGAGCGACGUGGACCUAAAGAGAGAGCUAAACCGAGUUUGGCCCAACCUGUCGCAGAAGACUAUCGACCUGCUGGUGACGCCUCACAAAUACAACGAGCUCACUGUGGGGAAAGUCUAUGCAGCUCUCAUGAUCUUUGACUACUAUAAGCAGAAUCGUGCCAAGAGACUCCAGCAGCAGCAAUCUACAGGGGGACCCCCGAGUAAACUGGGGGCAUUGUUUCGCCCUGUGCUGCCUCUCACUCACAUACUGGAAGUCGAACCACCAUUCCCCAGUCUAAAACAGCCCCUCCCAUCGCAGCCUGAGCCAGUGGCAAAGCCAGCAACACUGCCCUCCACCGCCAUCGCCACCGCUGCCAUCAACGCUGCCACCACCAUUGCCACCUCGGUUAACAGGGACACGAUAAUAAACCAGAGGACUGCCAUCAAACAUUCCCAGUCCGGAGACGUUUCUCAGGCAGCACAGAGGCCCAAAGGCCGAAGGAAACUACAUAGAGGCCAGUCAGAAGAUGUGCCAUAUUCCACCCGACCUCAGGAAUUGGUUGAACUGAAGCAGGUGGAGAACAUUUCAGACACAGAAACAUAUCCAAGCCUGGAGGGCCACUGCAGAGCAGCUUCUCUGCCCCGACUCAAUGCUGAGUACUACCGGAGCCACCCUCGCCACGCCCCUGGGACCCACCUGGCACCGAUUGUGGACCUCAGUCCUAUAAGACGCUCAGCAUCUUCGCUAACGCAGCAGUACCGCCAGGAGCUUGGGCUGAACGAGUAUGACCUGGAACGGCCCAGCUUGGCGCAGUCAUCAACAGGGCCUGGGCAAGCCCAGGGACAAGACAGAGCCCACCACCAUCAUCACCACCACCGCUGCCAUCGACGCAGGGACAAGGACAAAGACAAGAAGCAGAAGUCACUGGAUAGAGCUGCAUCAGUGCAACCGUCCAGCACGGUUGACUCAUUCACUGACCCAUCAGCUGAAGGUUUGUCCAGAGAACGGGCGAGGGAGCGGGACCGCAGCCGGCCUCAUGAGAGGAGGCACCACUCCUCAGCAGGAGAGAAGCAGCGCUACUACUCCUGUGAGCGUUACGGCAGCAGGGAGCAGUGUUACGCCAAGUCAGCUGGUCCCAGUCGAUCCACGUCUCCUGGAGAGGGUCAGGAUGCUGGUCUGCUCAGACAGCAUGGUAGCAGUGUGGCUAAAGCUGGUCCUGUGACCCUCCCCUCUGGUUCAAGUACUCCUGGUCGUGGUCGCAGGCAGCUGCCGCAGACGCCCCUGACACCUCGUCCUGCUGUGACCUACAAGACCGCCAACUCCUCUCCUCUCCCAUCCAGUGCCAGCACUGCUACGGCAGGGCCCCAGACUCGUUUUAGCCGUGGCCUUUCAGAGCAUGAUCGCUUAUACGGGGGCCAGGACGAGUCCCCGAUGCCGGCCACCCGCAUCGGUUCAGACCCUAAUUUACACCGGCAGCAGCAGGCCGCUCCUCAACAGGCCCUCUGUGAAGAAAAAGAAUACUUCCAGGACACUGUGAGCAGCCAUGGUGGGGGGCGCUCUGCCAGAGCCACUUCCUCCACCACAGCCUCAGCUUCUCACGGAACUGCUGCCACGCCCGUCACAACGCCCACCACACAGGGCCGGGCAGGUGUGGUGCCUAAUGGGUACCACUUCACACUCGGGGUCAACUCUGCAUCUGGGCCCGGGAGCCGAGGAACAGGAAGUCUCAGGGAGAGGGAGGAAGAGGACUGGUGCUAACAGGGCAGGAAACUGUUGGCUGAGGAUGAGGCAGCUUAUCAGUGUUGUACAACACUAAUGUCGGAUCCAACAAGCUGAUAGGAAGCCAGAGGAGUAAUGCAGAAUGGAAGCUACUGAGGAAAAAGCCAGUUGAAAGUGCUGUAAAAGGUGUUCAGAAAUCAUUCCAGCUUUGUCUUGUUACUCCCCUUUUUUAUAUUACAAACUCUUUAAGGACAAAAGACACCAGUUACUUUUUUCUAGCCCCUUUACUUGCACUGAAAUUAUAGCACAUGUGAAGACCCUUAAGUAUUUUGCCUUGGCCAGUAAAAUCAAUGUUGGAGAAGAAGACAAAAGCCAAAAUCUAUUAUCUGUUUCAGACAGAUCUGAAUGCCUCAUUCCUGGUAUUUAUAUGGCUGCUUACAACACUGUUUUUAUUUUUGUAUCUUUUUCUUUAUGUUUGCCAUGUGGGUAAGAGAAGAGUUUCAACUUGAUCAUUUUGAUGCUACCACCAAAUUAUUUUCCUCCUUUGAGUUUUUCUUCAUUAACUUUGGGGUUACUGCCAACUUCUGACCUGAACAGAUCUUAGGAAAACAAAUUGCUUCUUAGGUCUUAAACUUCUGCCAUGACACCUAAUGGACACAGUGACUAAUGUGACAAAAAUGAAACAAUUGGAUGGGUUAGAAUGGGUCUAGAGUUGACUCUUCAGAUCACAUUUUUGUAAAUUGUACCAGAUGUAAAUGUUUUGAGUGCACGUGAGGAACUAAAUAUCUCUUUUUUUGACGUUAUGUGGCUGAAUACUAAGUGCCUCGUUUUCCAAGAUGUAUUAAGAUGCAGCCUGGUCAGAUGGACUUGAAUAUACAGUAGAGGAUGUAAGUAUGUACACAGCUGAGAAAAAGUGUAGAGAACAAAGUUUGAGUCUGUUAUAAUGAACAGAAUGCAAAAAAAAGAGAACACUUUUUUGUACUGAUCUUGUGGUAGGUAAGUCAGAAUUACAGAUCCAAAGUCAGCAAUGUAGUGCAUGCCAGGGUCUUGAACUUGUCAAAAAACAGCGUCUGUACUUUUGCUUCAGGGUGUGUGGUAAGCAUUUGCCUUUCUCUUUCAAAUAUACUGCCAGUCAUUUGGUAGAAACGUCUCGGAAUGGAGAAAAGUGCCAUUUUGUUUUUUUAUUUGUAAUCAACAAAAAAUUCUCAUGAACACUCCUCAAGCAUACAGUAUAUAUCUCAUCUCUGCCAUAUAUGCCCAGCUUUCAUGGGUUUCCCGUCUUCUUAUCUUGUUCCUCUAAGAGCAGUAUUGUGUGAGGGGUUUGUAGGCGAGGUUACCUGUCUGUGUAUUUGCAGGUACAAUAAAGAGUUGUGUUGUUGCUGCUGACUGUUGACUUAAAGUAGGGCUAUGCAACAAGACGACACUUCAUCUGCCCUGUAGCUUUACCCUCUGGAAUCUCCAGGUUCAGGCUUUAGUGUGACUGCGACCAAAUUUUACCAAACAUUUAUGUAUGAAGAGUUGUAAAUUGUAUUAUAUGAUGUACAGUUACCUGACAACACACACUGAGGCACAAAUUAUAUUAAAGCCUAUAUAUGUGAAUCACAGGGCAUUUUUGAGGUUGGCAAGUUGUCUGCAUGAUGCCUAACCAGAUAGAAAUACCCAAAAUAUAAAAUGGUUCUUUCCACACUUGGGUCCAGUCGUUAUUUCAAAGAAUUUGCUGUGGUUUAUAAACUUGCUUGGAAAACAAGAUCAAUAGUAUUCUGACAAUAACAGAAGGCUGAACUGUUUUGUCACAGCUCUACGCAGACUUUAAAUACAGUAACAAGCCUGUACCCUCGUGUUUAAAAGCUUCCCUGGAUGAACAUCUGCUACCGGAUUGAGACCCUGAGAUCUGAGACUAUAUUUUACUAUAACUGUAUCCAUUUAGCCCACCAGGCUAAUGCAAUACACUGGCUAUAAAUCACUCUUUCCCUCUUCCCACUGGGCAUGACAUAUCUUCCAAAAAAAUAAUGCUGGGAAAAUUGUUUAGCUUUGUUUCUUUCAACAAAUCCCCAAAAGGACCAAAAUCAACAAUGCCUUGGUGUGUCUUUUAAUGUUUUCCAAGCUCCCUAUAGUGGCAGUACCAGUUGCUACUGGAAAUGUAAAUCCUUAAAUAAUAGGUCAAAAAUAUAUAGUUUUGGUGACUGAAGAAAAACUACAUGCAUACAAUAAACUAGAUUAUGUUGAGGAACGAUAAUUUCUCUACUCUGUCUGUGGCACUCGGCACCAAGAUCGGUGACUACUAUGUUUAAAAACUAGUAACAAAUAUAUGUUUACAUUUUUUAAACAUACACAAAAAUAUUCUACUUCAGGUGGGUGCUUCAGUUUUUAGCAAAUGUUUGUCUAACAGUGUAGUUUACUGGAGAAAAUAUGGCUAAAUUACUGGGAAAUAUUUUUCAGCAGUGGAGUUUAAACUUCCAGUUAUUUUUUUGUGGGCAACAGGACAGUGUAUGUGGCAUUGAGUCAAAAUAAGCUGCACUGUGUGUGUGUGUGUGUGUGUUCACAUGAAAGAACAUGUCACACAGGUCAACAGUGUGGCUCAUUGAUGUGUUUAUAACAGAUUUUGGAACAAUCGAGCUCUAUUGCACAGAGGAAUAAGCUACUUUAUAUCAGGAUUUGGAUACAAAGACAUCACUUGUUAGAAGGAUCGCUUCAAAUGUUGAUUUUGUUUUUUUCAUGGGAAUUGUUGAAAAUAAGGAAAAUAUCAAUAAACCAACCCUUUAUUAAAACAUGUGAUACAGUUGAUUGCCAGAAAGCCCUCAGAUUUAAAUCAACUUAGGUACUUAGCCAAAGAACAAAUAAACACAUGUUGGUGCAGAUCCAGGUUUUUUUCUUUAAAAAGGUUUUCUAAAAGAGGUUUUUGGACAUUGGGCUGAUGGACCUAGAUGAAUAAAACAAAUGUUGCACACGUGAAGGGGGCAUAUGGAUAUAUCUAUCACUUGGUGCAUAUUAAAUCAAAAUUCUAAUUGAAUCAAAAUAACAGACUUACAGAUCCUGUGGUGUUCUUUGUCAUGCUCUGGCUUGACUCCAAGCAAGUCUAUGAACAUGUAAAUUAUUUGCAAAUUGUAUUUGAUCCAAUUCUGAUGAUUUCCUUGUGUUUUAAUUUUACUUCCUGUUGUCUCACAUUUGUGCAAUCUAUUCAAUGGCUCAUCUAAAAUGAGAAAUUAGACAUUAAGGUCUAACUGCAGGCAUGGCUCUGUUCUUUGUGAAGUAACAUGUUAGAUUGCUUGUUGUCUUCUGGUCUUGAAACUUUUCUGUAAGGUCCCAUAUUGGAGCAGAGCGUUAUGUGCAUCUCAAUGGUAGAUUUGAAAAAUAUCCUAUAUUUUCAGACCUCCAACAUGAACAGGAUACCAAGUUUUUCGCUCACAGUUUUACAAUGGCUACCCCCUCUGGACAUGUCCUGUUUGCAUGUUCUAAAAUGAAAAUGUGCAUGUGCAUAAAAAGAGGCAUUGUUUGACUUCAUUCAGUCCAUGAUCUGUACAAUUUGUUUCCUGGUUGUAUUUUCCGAUUAUCUAAACACACAAUGUAUCUGUUUCAGGUAAAGAAAAGAAGAAAAUAAACAAGCUUAAAUAACAUUUUAUCACAGAACCACCAAAGUGGAAACAAGGCUCUUUCUCAGAUAAAGAGGUCGUGGCUGAAUCCUUCGCUGCCUGAUCUGUUACUUGACUGUCUUUCCCACAGUCACUUCGACUGUACUGUUAGAUUUUGUAUGAAUAUAAGUCCUUGAAUAAAGAGGUAUGACUAUGAAAUUGAA